AUGCCCAAAAUACCGAAUAAAUUGGGAGAUCCCGAGCAUGCUAAAAGGCCUUUUAAUGUCGUGCGGCAUGCUGACCUCUAUUUGGUGGAUGUCGUGUCCCGAGGCGUGGAUGUCGAGAUUCAAGACCCUGAGACGGGACGCACUGCUCUUUCGUUCGCGGUCGAGCUUGGCAAUCUUCAAAUGACCGAACUAUUUCUGAGAUACAGCGCCAAUGUAAACAUCCGCCAAUACAGCUUGACCAGGGGUCGUCUUGGUAAUGGUCCCCAGAUUAACACGAUAUGGGCUAGCGGCCGUUUCCCUCUACAUUGGGCAAUCGACAAAAGUAACAUCGCAAUCGUGGAACUUUUACUACAGCACCGCGCCAAUCCCAAUGCUGCAAACAGUUCUGGCCGAACUGCAUUACAAGAGGCUUGCUUCAGAAAUAGUCCGAAGAUGACCAAAAUGCUGUUAGAAGCGGCCGCAGAUGACGAUAUAUUAUAG